CCCCCCCUCUUCUCUCUGGUUGUCCUCAGAAUGAGGUUAGCGGCUCCGUUAGCAGCGCUAGAUCGACACAGAAGCGGCGAGUUACCGCAGUGGCGGGCUGUGGUUGCAACUUCGUGCGACACUCCCGCGCCGUCCUUCACCUUCUGUCCUCUCGUAACUGACCUCCUCCUCCCCCUGUCUCCUCCUCUCUCUCCAGCAGUGAUGGGGAGGACCACCAUGUAGAGGCGCAAGCCCUAUCGCAGGAAUGGGAAGCCACGUAUGGAGCGGGUCUGUACUGCAGCCGUGGUGAGCCUGAGACCCCGCACCCCCCACACCUCGCGACCUUCUCAGGACCUGACCACAGGGGCCGUCCCACGCUCACCUGGAUGCUCCCCAGUCUGUGCUUCGUCGCCCCACCCCUCCAUCCUCCUCCCCCUGCUUCUUCUUCUGCUCCGAUGCUAAAUUAGAUGCUUCAAUAAUUGGAUUUUGCCCACUUUUUAAUAUCUCCACAAGUAUCAUUCUCAUUUAUUUAUUCUUUUUCGUCUACUUGAACCCUGCUUCGGAGACUGAUUCCAUCCCUAUUAGCAAUAACUGACCGGCUGGCAUCAUGGGGGACAUGUCCAACAGCGAUUUCUACGCCAAGAACCAAAUAAAUGAGGGUGCCAACCACGCGGCGGGCUUCGGCUGCUCCCUCAUGGAGCUGCGCUCGCUCAUGGAGCUGCGCGGCACCGAGGCAGUGGUCAAGCUCCAGGAGGACUACGGGGGCGUCGAGGGACUGUGCAAACGACUGAAAACCUCACCCACGGAAGGACUCACGGGUGCCCAAGAUGACUUGGACAAGAGGAAAGAAGAAUUCGGGAAAAAUCUGAUACCUCCAAAGAAGCCAAAAACCUUCCUGCAGCUGGUAUGGGAGGCCCUGCAGGACGUCACCCUCAUCAUCCUGGAGGUGGCCGCCCUCAUCUCGCUGGGCCUCUCCUUCUACCACCCGCCUGGAGAGAGCACCGGAGAGUCUUGUGGCACGCUGAAGGGCGGCGUGGAGGACGAGGGCGAGGCGGAAGCGGGCUGGAUCGAGGGCGCCGCCAUCCUUUUGUCGGUGGUCUGCGUGGUGCUGGUGACUGCCUUCAACGACUGGUCCAAGGAGAAGCAGUUCCGCGGGCUGCAGAGCCGCAUCGAGCAGGAGCAGAAGUUCCAGGUGGUCCGCGGAAGCCAAGUCAUCCAGCUGCCCGUAUCGGACAUAUUGGUGGGCGACAUUGCGCAAAUUAAAUAUGGUGAUUUGCUCCCCACCGACGGCGUAUUGAUUCAAGGCAAUGACCUGAAGAUUGACGAGUCGUCGCUGACCGGAGAGUCUGAUCACGUGAAGAAGGCCGCGGACAAAGACCCCAUGUUGCUGUCCGGGACCCAUGUGAUGGAGGGCUCAGGGCGCAUGGUGGUGACCGCAGUGGGCGUCAAUUCGCAGACUGGAAUCAUUUUCACCCUGCUCGGAGCUGGAGUGGAGGAAGAAGAGAAGAAAGAAAAGAAAGGAGGCGCAGUGGAAGACGGACACCAGAACACAGACUGCUCGCACCCCCCCAUCCACCCCAUCGCCACUAUUGCCACGGACGGGGCAGUGGGCUUCAAUGCCCCAGGCAGUGCCAACCUUAUUAAUGGUAAAAUGCAAGAUGGCAAUAUGGAGAGCAACCAGAUUAAAGUGAAGAAGCAAGAUGGCGCGGCCGCCAUGGAGAUGCAGCCCCUUAAGAGCGCCGAGGGUGGCGAGGAGGAGAAGGAACGGAAGAAGGUGUCCAUUCCCAAGAAGGAGAAGUCGGUGCUGCAAGGGAAGCUCACCAAGCUGGCCGUCCAGAUCGGCAAAGCAGGGUUGCUCAUGUCGGCCAUCACAGUCAUCAUCCUGGUGUUGUACUUUGCCAUCGACGCCUUCGUUGUCCAGAAGCGUCCUUGGAUACCCGAGUGCACGCCCAUCUACAUCCAGUACUUUGUCAAGUUCUUCAUCAUCGGCGUGACUGUGCUGGUGGUCGCCGUGCCCGAGGGUCUACCGCUGGCCGUGACCAUCUCUCUGGCCUACUCCGUCAAGAAAAUGAUGAAGGACAACAACCUUGUGCGUCAUCUGGAUGCGUGUGAGACGAUGGGCAACGCCACCGCCAUCUGCUCGGACAAGACGGGCACACUCACCACCAACCGCAUGACGGCCGUGCAGUGCUACAUUGGCGACGUGCACUACAAGGAGAUCCCCGAUCCGGGGGUCCUGCCUCCAAAAUCGCUGGACCUGCUCGUCAAUUCCAUCUCCAUCAACAGCGCCUACACUACUAAGAUACUGCCCCCGGAUAAGGAAGGCGGUUUGCCGAAACAGGUGGGCAACAAGACGGAGUGCGGCCUGCUGGGAUUGGUGCUGGACCUGAAGCGAGAUUACCAGCCAAUCAGGAACCUGAUCCCCGAGGAGAAGCUCUACAAAGUGUACACCUUCAACUCGGUGCGGAAAUCCAUGAGCACCGUCGUCAAACUGCCCGACGGGAGCUUCCGCAUGUACAGCAAGGGAGCGUCCGAGAUUGUCCUCAAAAAAUGCAACCACAUUCUGAGCGAGGUGGGCGAGCCGCGGGUUUUCCGUCCACGGGACAAGGACGAGAUGGUGAAGAAGGUGAUCGAGCCCAUGGCCUGCGACGGCCUGAGGACCAUCUGCGUGGCGUACCGCGAUUUCCCCAGCGAACCCGAGCCCGACUGGGAUGACGAAAGCAACAUCCUCAGCGACCUCACGGCCAUUUGCGUCGUCGGGAUCGAAGACCCCGUCAGGCCAGAGGUGCCGGACGCCAUUCAGAAGUGCCAGCGUGCGGGCAUCACCGUGCGCAUGGUGACCGGGGACAACAUAAACACGGCGAGGGCCAUCGCCAUCAAGUGUGGCAUCAUCCAUCCCGGAGAGGACUUCCUCUGCAUCGACGGCAAGGAGUUCAACAGGAGGAUCCGCAAUGAGAAAGGAGAGGUGGAGCAGGAGCGGAUUGAUAAGGUUUGGCCGAAACUGCGCGUCCUGGCCAGAUCCUCCCCGACUGACAAACACACACUGGUUAAAGGCAUUAUUGACAGCACCAUGGUGGAACAGAGGCAGGUGGUGGCGGUGACAGGCGACGGGACCAAUGACGGGCCGGCCCUGAAGAAGGCUGAUGUCGGCUUCGCCAUGGGCAUCGCCGGCACCGACGUGGCCAAGGAGGCGUCCGACAUCAUCCUGACCGACGACAACUUCAGCAGCAUCGUCAAGGCGGUGAUGUGGGGCCGCAACGUCUACGACAGCAUCUCCAAGUUCCUCCAGUUCCAGCUCACGGUCAACGUGGUCGCCGUCAUCGUGGCGUUCACUGGUGCCUGCAUCACACAGGAUUCCCCCCUGAAGGCGGUGCAGAUGCUUUGGGUCAACCUGAUCAUGGAUACGUUCGCCUCGCUGGCCCUGGCCACCGAGCCCCCCACGGAGUCCCUUCUCAGGAGGAAGCCGUACGGACGCAACAAGCCUCUCAUCUCCAGCACCAUGACCAAGAACAUCCUGGGACACGGCAUCUAUCAGCUCAUCAUCAUCUUUCUCCUUCUCUUCAUCGGUGAGCAGAUCUUCGACAUCGACAGCGGCCGCAACGCGCCCCUCCACGCGCCCCCCUCGGAGCACUACACCAUCAUCUUCAACACCUUCGUCAUGAUGCAGCUCUUUAACGAGAUCAAUGCGCGCAAGAUACAUGGCGAGCGCAACGUCUUCGAGGGCAUCUUUAAGAACCCCAUCUUCUGCUCCAUCGUUUUUGGCACCUUCGCCGUACAGAUAAUAAUCAUACAGUUUGGAGGGAAGCCAUUCAGCUGCCACCCACUGGACCUGGAGAAGUGGAUGUGGUGCGUUUUCCUCGGCUUGGGAGAGCUCGUCUGGGGGCAGGUGAUCGCCACAAUACCCAACAGCAAGCUGCGCUUCCUGCGACGGGCCGGCCAGCUCAGCCAAAAGGACGAACUCCCAGAUGAGGACGUAAACGAGGAGAACGAGGAGAUCGACCACGCUGAGAGGGAGCUAAGGAGAGGUCAGAUCCUCUGGUUCCGAGGACUCAACCGCAUUCAGACUCAGAUCGAAGUAGUCAACACCUUCAAGAGUGGCACCUCCUUUCAGGGGGCGGGAGCUCUGAGACGCCAGUCGUCCACCACCAGCCAGAACCAGGAUAUCCGCGUCGUGAACGCAUUCCGCAGCUCCCUCUACGAAGGCCUGGAGAAGCCCGACUCCCGCACCUCCAUCCACAACUUCAUGACGCAGCCCGAGUUUAGGAUAGAGGACUCCACGCCCAACAUUCCGCUCAUCGACGACACGGACGACGACUCGGCUCGCCGGAGGGGGAAGUACUCCAGCCAGCCGUCGUCGCCCAACAAGAACAACAACGCCAUCGACAGCGGCAUCAACCUCACCAUCGACACCAGUAAAUCGGCGGCCUCGUCCAGCCCCGCCAGCCCUUUGCACAGCUUGGAGACCAGCCUCUAACCUCCUGGUUUCGGAACCCUCAACGCCCCAAGUACAUACAAUCAAAAGGAAAAAAAAAAAAAAGAUUAAGAAAAAGCAACACGGCCAUCUUCCAUUUGUGGUUGUCUCGCUCAUGUGGAGGAGCAAACUGACGACAACGAGGAAGACAAAACACUGGAACCGCCCCUUUCGUCAUUAUUAUAUUCUGAUUAUUAUUAUUGUUAUAUUAUUAUUGUCGCUCCUGCAUGAAUGUACAUUGCCCGAGUUUUAUUUAAAAGGGUCCCCCCCCCCCACCCUCCCAUUUGGAUUCUUUCAUCGUGGACAUAAGGACCACUUGCUCCUCUUCUUCUUCUCCUUCUGUGUGGCAUGAUCACAUGACAUUUGAUCAUGUGACCAGGUGCCAGGGCUCAACUUGCACAGCAGCUUUGCACCUCAAUGCCACCGUCCACCCAAAAAACAAAAGAGGAGCGCAAAAUAAUAAAAAUGGCAAUUUAUGAGCAUUUACGGGAUUAUAUUCUAUAAAUAUGAACAUAUAAAUAUAUUUACAGUAGAGAGAGUUUUAUCUUUGUUUGUCGGCAUGUUGCCUUGUUCCUGCUUCGAAUGGCUCAAAAGUACUUUUGACUUAUGUCUUAAAAGAGAAUGUAAUUUGUUUACAAACCACUUAGAGAUAUACUUUCUGGUUUCUAGAAGAAGGGACGCCGGAGCUCAGAUGGUGUGUUAUUAUUAUUGUUGAGGAUUAAAACAAAAUGAAAAAAAAAAGAUUGAAAAAAAAUGUGCUGGAAGUUGCCUGCUAUCUUGUGAAAUAUUGUAGAUAUUUUUAGAUUAACAAACAAAAAGAAACCAAACUAUAAUGGUAGUAAAUGUGGAAUCUUAGUAUCAUUCUUUUUGAUCGUUGGGAUGGAGUUGCCUUUGUUUUUUGUUUUUUUUUGUUUAGUUUUUCUUGAAAAAAAGGCCUCCACAGGGACAGAGGGGGAAUAAUUCUAUCAUUCGCUAACUUUUCUUUCACUGCCGCUUCUUGCUUUUAUAUAUAUAUAUAUAUAUAUAUAUAUAUAUAUAUAUAUAUAUAUAUAUAUAUAUAUAUAUAAUAGAAUAGUGUGUUGUUUUUUCCAGUUUAAAGGUUGAUAUCAGGACCUUCAAAAAUGAACUGCUUGAGUCACAUUAGCAAAGUAAUAUAUCCUGACCUUACAGGAAUAAUUUUAAACAAUGUCAUUGGGAUAUAUUGUGUUGUUUUUUUAUUUCAUCGGAUCUAGAUAAAUUUCAAUGCAUUUCCUCUGUCAGAGAGACCAACAGCCACACAGCGCUGUAGGCCACUUUGAAACAAAAAGGACUUGUUGCACGUCAUUUUAUUUAUUAGUCAAAGAGUAGAAGGUUUAACCCGUACUCAUUACAUUAAUAGUUUGUUCUUUAAUAAACUUGUUUUACAUGUUCAUCUUUGCUGCCAUGCGCCAAAAACAUGCAGUGACGAAAACUAAAAUGAUUCACCAUUUAUCGUCACCCAUUUAUCUAGCAUACGUGGUUUAAAUCUCCAGUAGUUUGUUGUGAAGAAGAAUGGUCAAAAUUACCCUGAAAUGGCUGCUUCAAACUAAAAUGGUAGAAUUCUUGUUUUUUUCCGAGCAAGGCCUCCUAAGACUUUUUUUGUGGCUCUAUAACAUCAUGAUUGAAAUGGCUCCCAAAGUUAACAUUGCAAAGUGAAACUGGCUUCAGGGGCCUAGUUUUAAACAGCCUGAGGUUUUGGAACUGAGUUGUUUGUGCUUUAUAUUUCAUGGGGAAACAUCAGCUGUUGCCGCUAUUUUCUGCCCAAACGCCAUGGUGAACACUCAAAACCCUAAAAAUUCAGUGUCCGCCAGUUCUCCAGUAGACUUGGUUCAAAUUUGGUAGCAAUCAGACAUUUCUCGUAGUUCAUCUUUGAAGGGCUCCUAAAAAUGGCCAAAAUGUCUCUAAAAUGGUCAGUUCAAGCCAAAUUGGCAGACUUCUGUCUUUUUGGCCAUGGCUUCCUGAGACUUUUUUUGUGGGUCUGCUCAUGAUAUACAUGUCUACCAAAUUUCAUGUUGCUAAGUUAAACUGACUUUGGGGGCUGAAUUUUGAAAGCCCUGAGCUUGUAGAGUCAACUGUAUUAAAGCUUUGUAUUUCAUAGCAAAUCAUCAAAUUUCUCUGCCAUGUUCCAUCCGCACACCAUGAUGAAAAAUCAAACAUUUCCAAAUUUAGUGUCACCCAGUUCUCUGGCAGACGUGGUUCAGAUUUAGUAACAAUCGGUCCAAAUUUUUCGGAGUCCUUCACCUUUGAAAGACCCCUUGAAAUGAUUAAAAUGCCUCUCAAAUGACUGCUUCAAAACCAAAAUGGCACAAAAUGGCAGACUUCUUUUUUUUGGGGGGGGAGCAUGUGUUCUUUUUCGUGGGUGACAUGCCUACCAAAUUUCAUGUUGCUAAAUCAAACAAGCUUUGGGGGAUGAAUUUUGUCAACCCUGAGCUUGUGAAGCUGGGUGAUUAGAGCCUGGUAUUUCACGAUACAUCAUGAAAUUUCGGUGUCGUAUUACACCCGCAUGCCAUGGCGAAUACUUAAAACCCUCCAAAUUUCACAUGACCAAAGUUGUCUUUAGUAGCAAUCGGACUGCAUUUUUAAGAAGAGUUCAACUUUUAAAGCACCCCUUGAAAAAGCCAAGACGCCCCUCGAAUGGCUGCUUCAAAACAAAAUGGCAGACUUCCUGUGUCUUUUGGGAAUGGGUUCUUGAGACUUUCUUAUGGGUCUCCUGGUGAUAGACAUGCCUCCUAAAUGUCAUCUUGCUCAGCGAAAACUGUUUCAGGGUCCCAAUUUUCAUAAAAUUGGCCGAAUUGCUUCAGAGACCAUUUUGUUUUAACCAGACAGAAAUCCUUUUUUUAAAAUGUUCUUUUUUAAAAAUCUGGUAUAUACUAUGUCUUUUUUUUAUUAUUAAUUUAAUCCAGAUUCAUUUCAAUUGAUUUUCCUCCACAAACAGCUCCACAGCGCUGUAAGCCAUUUUUUAAACACAUCUGGGGGGAAAACAAUGACACAAAAUAGAAUGUUGCUUUGGCUCUUUUUCUAUAUACAUACAGUAUACAUAUAUACAUAUAUCUAAAAAAAAAUGACUUUUUCUGCACUAUUUGGUUAUGAAUGACAAUUUACGUGGUGUAAAAUCUCAAUGUGCUUUUUGUGUGUUUUAACCGAGCUUGUCUUCCUGCCGUCACGGAAUAUACAGUACUCUAGCAUCUCAGCUGUGCUCACUUAUCGUUGUAAUAUUUAUUGUGCUUUGACCGAUCAGCAGAGGGGACGUUACAAAAAAAAGCAACGUAUUGCACUCUGAAGGAAAAGGCCACUUAAAACAAGCCUGCACUCUUUAUAUUACUAACUCAAGUCACUGGCAAGAGCAACGUGUUCUAAAAGCUCAUUAUGCAAACAAUAACCUUUUUUUUUUUAUUUUUUAUUUUUUUUUUUUUACAAAAUAUAUACGCUCUACAAUCUCAAUCAUCUAUCCAAGCUGUCCCAUCUCGUUCGCUCCUACCCUCUCGUCUCAUCCCGUGCGGAGAGGGUGCACAAGCUUUACCAGUCAGCUCAGGCCUGUCGGAAAAUAAUUUCAGUUGACCGAAAAGCAAAAUGCUUGUUUAUUUAUUUGAUUAGUUGUCUGUAAAAGCAAAACGACAGCAACUAAGGCACACGCAGCAAUGGAAUAAAAGCCGACAUGAUGAACUCUCAAUGGAAAAUACAGUGGAACCUCCAAAGAAAUAAUGGAAGUACAAUGCCUGACUGUCAAACAAGAAGAAAAGUUAAGGAAUAAAACUCAAAUAAAGUAAAACUUCUCACCCUUUUAAAGGCUGAGAGGAAAUAGGAAGGUGUUUUUGGGGUAACAAUUCUGUCACCUAGUGGUGUUCUGUAGGUUUUGUGAUAUUAAACCCUCCUGUUACUCAUCCACCCGUUUUCUGUACCGCUUGUUCUCAUUAAGUUGAGCUGAAGCCUGUCCCAGCUGACUUUGCGCAAAAGGCGGGGUAGAUCCUGGACUUGUCGCUCGUCAAACACAUUACGACAAACAAGUAUUCACACUCACCUUCGCACCUCACAAGAUUUAUCUUCAGUACCUGCUGUGUAUGUUUCUGGAGGAAGCCGGGGAAACACCCGAUGACCUGAUUGAACUGAGAUUCGAACAGAGAACCUCAGACCUGUAAAGCAGACACGCUAACCACCGUAGCACAAAAUGAAAUUGAGUAAAUAGUACCAGUAGUUUUUCAGUAUUUUCGCCUAAACGGGAGUUUGCAGUGUUUAAACCGCUAGCAAGAUUUGAACAUAGCCUCACUUCACAAAUCUCUGACCAAAGGCGUAGCCUCACUAAUGUAAUGCACACAAGCGCGAUUCUCAAACAUAUUAGGAUUUAUAAUGGGAUGUCCAGCUUUGACAAAUAGCAGGCGCUAGCAAUAUCAAGCUAGCAUUGGCACUGUAAACAAGCCGACAUUAGCCAUGGCUGCUACAUUGGUAGCAAGACUUAUUCGUAGUGGAGUAUAACACUGAAUGUCAUCAGUAUGAAGUUUUAUUUUUGGGGGGGACUGUACAAUCGAUUAAAUAACAGGUGACGUACUUACCCUUUGAGCAGAAAUGUUGCUUAUUCCACGUCGCCUCUGACUCCUCUCAGCCGCCUGAAGUCCCUUCACUCUGUUUCUGUUUUUUUUUUUUUCACUGAUCAUUUUCUUAAUGUAGAGUUGUCGAGGUCUCGCCAACAGUUUUAACACUUUUUUUUUGGGGGGGGGGGGAAUUCCCAACUCCCUUUAAAGAUGCCCACUGAAGUCUCACAAGACUUGCUAGGUCACGCUGAUCGUUUUAGAGGUUCUUUGGAGGUUCCGCUGUCAGGAAUGAAAUUCAAUUAGUCAGAAGCGCCUCAAAACAUUCAUUUUCCACACUCUUUUCACACCCCCACCCGGCCCGACACCACCGCUGAUGUUAACGACGAUAUCAGUGAAACUUCUUGCAAUAUGCUCUCACCUGCCUCGAUGUACUGUAUUUAGCAGCAUGCAGUUUGUGGAACCAAGAUAAAGAGACAUGCCAACAAGCUAUUGGCAUACAUGCUUAGCCAUUUAUUGGGUAAGUGAUUUAAGGGUUUAUCUUGUUUUUAAACGGUAUCUAUUUUUUUUCCUCUAAAUCUAUACAAUAAUUGUAAAUAAAGAACUCCAUGUAUUUGUUCAUUUAAUACUAUGCAAAAAGUCAUGCUUUUUUUCUUGAUUGUUACCCACCCUUAAUCUUAGAGUGUGUUGCUGGAAUGUUUGUGCUCUCCAAAAUCAGUUAAACGAUGUGAUGUAAACAAAUUUUCUAGCUUGAGGAAAACUUCUAUGAUGAUGAUGAUGAUGAUGAUGACAAAUGAUUCUGAUACUACGGGGGGGGGGCAGGAUGCUCAUGAUGAUGAUGAUGAUCAACUGUGACUCUUGCUGCUUGACUGUCCCACUCAUCACACUCCUUGACAAGAGCGCAAGUGGCAAAGGGGAAAAAAACAUAAUAAGAAAAAUAUGGAAAAUCACUAAAUAAAUCUCCCAGAGCAGCAUGACCCAGCAUGGUGUGUCCUGGCCCCGUGUCACA